AUGGAGACACCACAGGCAGGCAGGAAAGUGGAGUGUGACCCCACCAAGGGACUCCUCUCUCACCCCUCAUCUUCCACCCUGUCAGGCCCCAGUGGGAACCUCAGGGAGGCCACCAUGUCCCAGGCCACCACCUGCUUCGAGGCAGGAGGGGUCACCUACCGCAUCCCAGCUCUGCUCUACAUCCCCGGGGAUGACACCUUCCUGGCCUUUGCUGAGAAACGCUCCUCAGCCAGGGAUGAGGACGCCAAGUACCUGGUGCUGCGACGUGGCCGCCUGCACGGCUCCUCCGUCAAGUGGGGUCCGGUGGAGGAGCUGUCGGCGCUGGUGCUGCCCGGCCGCCGCACCAUGAACCCCUGUCCCCUGUAUGACGCGAGGAGCAGCACCAUCUUCCUCUUCUGCAUCUGCGUGGAGCGGGGCAAGACGGAGCGGCGCCAGAUCUGGAGAGGGUGCAGUGCCGUGCGCCUCUGCUACACCACCAGCACCGACAGCGGCCGCAG